AUGUCUGACUGGGAAGAUGAGUACGACGAGGACGGUGCUGCCAUCGAGAAACCUGCAACAAAAGCAGCUCCGGCUCUGUGGAAAUCGCCGCGUGAUGACUGUCGCAAAGAAAAUGUGUUUUUCGGUGUUAAAAGUGGAAACAGGUCUGGAGCUCCGCGAGAGCGCAGAGCGGAUCGUGGCUUUGAGGGAUCCGAGUUCAGGAGUCACAGAAGCGGAGGCGAAGAUCGGCCGUUUCCCCGGAGCUCCGAUCGCGGAGGUCCGGGAAGACGAGCAUUUGGGGAUGAAAAGUCGGGCUCUUCUCCGGCUGUGACCUUCACCGUAGAAAAUGCUUUAGUCGGGAGGAUAAUAGGUCGCGGAGGAGCCAAAAUCCGUGAACUGGAGGAGAGCACCGGUGCGAGGAUCAAGAUAAACAAGGGGGACUAUGAAGGUGAGGUGGUCCUCUUUGGGUCCUCUGAUGCCCAGCAGAAGGCCAAGGAGAUGAUUGAAGAACUGGUGGCGGAUGGCAACUUUGGAUAUCGCAAUGGAGCAGGAGGAGGAGGAGGAGGAGGAGGAGGCCGCUACAGAGGGGAAGGUGAUGGAGUAAAGAAUGGCUCUGUCUGGUCUGCUUCAGCGUUGCAAGCUGCAGAUGUUGCCCCGGCUCAUGCAUCCAUUGACUGGAACAGCAUCCGGGAAAACAAGGACAAAUAUGAAGAGCUCAAGUGGAAGGACCUCCCACCCAUGAAGAAGAAGUUUUACGCGGAAGCAGAGAGCGUAUCCAUGCUCACAGCAGAGGAAGUCCGUGAAUGGAGGAAAGAGAAUAACAAUAUCUUUGUGGACGACCUGAAGGAGGAGGGGGAGAAGCGGCCCAUUCCCAAUCCUUGUCGCACCUUUCUGGAGGCCUUCGAGCUUUAUCCAGAGAUCAUGGAGAAUAUUCGACAAGUUGGCUUCGAAAAACCGACACCAAUCCAGUCUCAGGCGUGGCCGGCGCUGCUGAGCGGGGAGGACCUGAUCGCCAUCGCUCAGACAGGAACAGGAAAGACUCUGGCCUACCUGCUGCCAGGGUUCAUCCACAUGGAGGGACAGCCUGUGCCUAGAGCUGAGCGGGGCGGUCCAGGCAUGUUGGUGCUGACUCCCACCAGAGAGCUGGCCCUGCAGAUUGAAACUGAGUGCAAAAAGUACCACUACAGAGGCUACAAAAGUAUCUGUAUCUAUGGCGGAGGGGAUCGGAGAGGCCAGAUCAACCUGGUGAGGACCGGAGUGGACAUAGUGAUCGCUACACCAGGCCGACUCAAUGAUCUCCAGAUGAACGAGCUCAUCAAUCUUCGCUCCAUCACCUACCUGGUGCUGGACGAGGCUGACCGAAUGCUAGAUAUGGGCUUUGAACCCCAGAUCAUGAAGAUUCUCCUGGACAUCCGCCCAGACCGUCAGACUGUCAUGACCAGUGCCACCUGGCCCACAGGUGUGAGACGAUUGUCCAGAUCCUACCUAAAGAAUCCCAUGAUGGUUUAUGUGGGCACUCUGGACUUGGCAGCGGUUAACACAGUGCAGCAAACAGUGCUGGUCAUCCACGAAGAGGAGAAGAAGUCCUACCUGUUGGACUUCAUCAGAAACAUGCUGCCCCAGGACAAAGUUCUCAUCUUUGUUGGCAAGAAGCUUGUGGCUGAUGACCUGUCCAGUGACUUGUGUCUGCAGGGCUUAGCUGUGCAAAGUCUCCAUGGUGACCGUGAGCAGUGUGACCGUGAAGAGGCUCUCAAGGACUUUAAAGACAGCCGUGUUCGUAUCCUGGUUGCAACAGACUUGGCGUCUCGAGGGUUGGAUGUCAUUGACAUUACACACGUCUUUAACUAUGACUUCCCACGUAACAUAGAGGAGUAUGUCCAUCGCGUGGGCCGCACUGGCCGAGCAGGACGCUUAGGUGCUGCCGUUACCCUGGUAACAAGAGAAAACUGGAGGAUGGCCCCUGAGCUUAUUCCCAUCCUGGAGCGAGCAGGACAGGAGGUCCCUGAGGAGCUGGUGCUCAUGGCAGAGCGAUACGAGAAACACAAGCGGGAGAAAGACCUGUGCAAUCCAAGGGACGGACCGGGGGGAGGAGGAAGAAGAGGAGGAGGAGGGCGGGGGGGGUGGAGAGAUGGCGGAGGAAGAGAAAACAGGGAUCGUAACCAAAACUGGGGAUUCUAAGCCACAAAGCAAUAACCUGCAUCCAGGCCAAGAGCUCGCCUGCGGUGCGUGGACAGGAAACCUCCGCUGUACAACACGAGG